AUGUCUAAGCUAGAAAAAGCUGGAGCUCAACAAACAUCGCUUCUUGAUGUUUUGAAGAAGAAAAUGAGGCAGGCCCGUGAGGAGGCCGAAGCAGCGAAGGACGAAGCGGACGAGGUGAAAAGGCUUCUUGAGGAAGAACGUAAGAAGCGUGAAGAUGCCGAAGCCGAAGUUGCCGCUCUGAAUAGGCGUAUUGUGCUUGUGGAAGAAGAUUUGGAACGUACAGAAGAUCGUCUAAAAAUUGCUACAGAUAAAUUAGAGGAAGCUUCAAAAGCUGCAGAUGAAGCUGAACGCCUGACACAGUAUUGGUUUUGUGAAAAGAUAGAUUUUUUUCGUUUACGAAACGAAUUUUGUCAGGCUGAAGCUGAAGUAGCUGCAUUGAAUCGUCGUAUGACUCUUCUUGAAGAAGAGCUUGAAAGAGCUGAGGAACGUUUGAAGAUUGCCACCGAAAAACUGGAGGAAGCAACCCACACGGCCGAUGAAUCAGAGCGAGCACGUAAGUCGAUGGAAACACGUUCACAGCAGGAUGAAGAAAGGGCAAAUAUUCUUGAAGUUCAGGUAGACGAAGCUAAAGUCAUCGCAGAAGAAGCAGAUCGCAAAUAUGAAGAGGUAACUGCUCGAAAAGCAUUGGAAAAUCGUGUUGACCUGGAUCAUGAUCGUUGUAUUGAGUUGGAACAAAAACUUCGUGAAGCGCAGACUUUAUUGUCGGAAACCGAAAAUAAAUCUGAAGAGAGGCAUGCGGUACUAAACGGAAGUUUUUUCAAUAUUGUACGAAAAGUCAUGGAAAAUCGCUCAUUCCAAGAUGAGGAACGAGCCAACACUGUUGAAUCGCAACUGAAGGAAGCACAAUUGCUUGCUGAAGAAGCUGACCGAAAAUACGAUGAGGUUGCCCGUAAAUUGGCAAUGGUUGAAGCAGAUCUCGAACGUGCAGAAGAACGUGCUGAAGCCGGUGAAAAAAGUGCUCGAGAAAUGGAACGAGAACUGAAGGCAAUUGGUGUUAAUUUGAAAACCCUUGAAGUUCACGAGGAACGUGCGUUACAGCGUGAAACAUCAUUUUCCGAUUAUGCUCACAAGAUCGUCGAGCUUGAAGAAGAACUUCGUGUUGUCGGCAACAACUUGAAAUCACUCGAAGUAUCAGAAGAAAAAGCACUUCAACGUGAAGACUCAUACGAAGAACAAAUCCGUACCAUCUCAGCGCGUCUGAAGGAGGCAGAAACUCGUGCUGAAUUUGCCGAAAGAUCUGUUCAGAAAUUGCAGAAGGAAGUUGACAGACUAGAAGAUCAGUUAGGUAUAUUUUUAAGCAAAUUCAGUGAAGUUACGGCCGCGGAAAACAUUGGGACAGACGAACUUCUGGUGGAGAAGGAAAGGGUUCGCAACCUAACCGAAGAAAUUGAGCAAACAGUUCAGGAGAUCCAAGGAUCAUAA